AUGGUUCUUCACUUUUUCUCUCACUCCUUCCCUGCACUCCCCUCCAAAUGAAUAAGCUUUCUCUCUUCGAAUCCUUUUUUCACAACUUCAACAAACCCUGAAAGAAGGUUUUACGGUUCAGUUGAUUCUCUUGUUACUAGACACACACACACACACCAUCAUAGCGCUGGCUGGAAGUUUCUUUCAAUUUCUACUUUUGGGUCAGUUUCAUUUUCUUCAACUUUCUCUCUGAACUUGUGUAUUAAAGCUUCAAUUUUAUCUUCCCAACUUUAUUCAAACUCAUACGAUUAAUAGAAUAAGUAAAUUUGUUUACAAAUGAGAUAACAGUAUUAGUAUAAGUAUUCAUUACGAAACCCUAAACACCCACUUUAGUUAUGGAGUUUGAACCAUUGAAUAACAUGGAUAUGGAGUUCGACAUUGGUUCCGGUGAAGAAAAUGAUGAUCUUGACAUUAGUAAUAAUGGUAUAGACCUUGAACAGGAUGUAGAUUAUGAUAAUGGUGAAUUUCUUGAUGGUGGAGAUUUAUUUGGGGAUAUUGUACCUGUUACUACUGAUACGGAUGCUGAUCUUGAACCGUAUGAGGGCAUGGAAUUUGAAUCAGAAGAAGCUGCUCGUAUUUGUUACAACUCUUAUGCGCGUAGAGUCGGAUUCAGUACCCGUGUUAGUACUUACCAUAGGUCACGUCACGAUGAUGCUAUUAUUUGUCGUCAGAUUGUGUGUUCGAGGCAAGGUUUUCAUCAAGGGCGUGACCGGAAUAGUAAGCGCAAACAGAAACGUCCACGAGCUGUUGCCAGAGUUGGUUGCAAAGCAAUGAUUAUGGUGAAGAAAAAGGAUACGGGGAAAUGGAUCGUUUCUAAAAUUACAAAAGAGCAUAAUCAUGAACUCGUGCCACAUGAUAAAGUGCAUAGCCUCCGAUCGCAUAAACACAUUUCAGGGUCUGCACGGAGCUUGAUUGAUACUCUCCAAGCGGCUGGCAUAGGACCAAGUGGGGUGAUGUCAGUGUUGAUAAAGGAAUCUGGUGGAGUUGAUAAUGUCGGGUUUUCUACUGUGGAUUACCGAAAUUACCUUACUAGCAGGCAGAGACAUUUUGGUGGUGGAGCUCAGCAGGUAUUGGACUACCUAAAGCAGAUGCAAGCUGAGGAUCCUACAUUCUUUUACGAAAUCCAAGGCGACAGUGAUCACUCGGCCGGGAACAUAUUCUGGACUGAUGCCACUUGUAGGAUGAACUAUAACUGCUUUGGAGACACCGUUAUAUUUGACACAGUGUAUAGAACCAAUAGGUACAGGGUCCCAUUUGCUCCGUUCACUGGGUGGAACCAUCAUGGACAACCUGUGUUAUUUGGCUGGGCAUUACUUCUCAACGAGUCUGAAUCAUCUUUCAUCUGGUUAUUUCAGACCUGGCUUGCACAAAUGUCAGGACGUCAUCCUAUCUCAAUCACAACCGACCAAGAUAGAGUCAUAGAGGCAGCUGUCACUCAUGUAUUCCCAGAUACUCGACACCGUUUCUGUAAGUGGAAUAUAUUCAGAGAGGCCCAAGAUAAGUUAUCUGGUGUUUGCCAAUCACACCCAAAUUUUGAAAUCGAGUUCCGCAAGUGCAUCAACACAACCGAGUCCAUUGAAGAGUUUGAGUCAUCCUGGCAGUUACUUCUUCAGAGAUAUGAUCUUAUGGAAAACGAAUGGCUUCAAUCGAUGUACAAUGCUCGACUGCAAUGGGUCCCAGUGUAUCUGUGUGACACAUUCUUCGCAGAGAUGUCUGUGACGCAAGGGAGUGACAGUAUAAACUCUUUUUUCGAUGGGUAUGUGAAUGCAUCAACCACUGUUCAGGUGCUUGUCAAACAGUAUGAAAAAGCUAUUGCAAGUAGACAUGAGAAGGAAGUAAAGGCAGAUUACGAUACAUUGAAUACCGCACCAGUACUCAAGACCCCUUCUCCCAUGGAAAAACAAGCUGCAAACAUUUAUACAAGGAGAAUAUUUAUAAAAUUCCAAGAAGAAUUGGUUGAAACUCUUGCUAGUACUGCAACGAAAAUUGAGGACUCUGGGACAGUCACGGUAUGUAGGGUGGUGAAAUUUGGGGAGGAGCACAAGGCUUACAUUGUCCGAUUCCAUGUUUUUGAAAUGCUAGCAAACUGUAGCUGUCAAAUGUUAGAGUUUUCUGGCAUUCUGUGUAAGCACAUAUUAGCUGUAUUUAGAGUCACAAACGUCUUAACGCUACCUUCUCAUUAUGUCUUGAGACGCUGGACAAGAAAUGCAAAGAGCGGGGUUGUGGUGGACGACCAUGCCCUUGAAUUGCAGAGUACUUCCAAGGAGUCCUCGAUAGAUCGAUUUAACAAUCUGCGACACGAAGUGAUUAAAUAUGUAGAUGAAGGGGCAAAAUCUUCACAGACUUAUAAUGUGGCAAUGGAUGCUCUGAAAGAGGCUAUAAAGAAGGUCAAAACUUCCAAGAAGCAUGGUUCUGGAGCAGCACCGUUAGGAAAUCUGCCCAAUGGAAGCAACGGAGAAGUGUGUUCAGCCGAGGGGAACAGAUUGGGCCAGCUUCAAUCUUGCUCUGCGGAUGAAAAGGAGAAGAAAAUAGAAGAGUUGGUAAAUGAGCUGGAGUGUGCAAAUGAAAGGUGUGAAGUAUAUCGAGAAAAUCUGUUAGCAGUGUUGAAAGAUAUGGAGGAGCAGAAAUUGAAGUUAUCAGUGAAAGUCCAAAAUGUGAGGCUCAGCUUGAAAGAUUAGAGGAAGUAUUUCUGAUUUAAAUGAAAUAUGGUAGGUGGGAGCAUUAUAUUAACCCUGUUAGGGUGGUAAUGGGUCUGUAGAGUUUUCCUCUAUUCUUUUUCCUUAAUCUUUGUACACAAUUAGGUAAUUCACUCCAACAAAGGUGGUUCCUAUGUUACAUGGGUUUUCAUCUUGAUUGUAACCUCGUUAUAUCUCUCUGUGAUGAGAAUGAAAGAGUGAUAAGAGGGUUUGUAA